AUGAACAUUUACCGACCGUUGGCGAGCACUCAUCCUCAGUUCACUGUCUUGGAAUUCCCUGGAUUCAAGGAAUAUCGAGUUGAAAAUUGGAGACUGUCGCGAAAUGGAACUGGCAAGAUUAUACACGCUACAUCGGGUCUGACAUGGCGUGAGGCCUGCCACGCCUUCAUCCUCACAUACAUUUGGCCGAAGACUUCAGGGAGUACCUUAGCGACCAUAUUUAUUGUCCUGUGUUGUAUUUGGAUCAUUUAUAGCAAAUGCACUCAAGUUCUCUAUGAAUCAGUAAUUGUAAUGCCGUCGCAUGGGAUUCAACUAGAAACACACCGCGGUCUUCCUCCUCUCCGCCUUGCAGUGUCGCGACGAUUCAUUCCGUUCUCCACUCUACAAGACAUAUUUAUCCACGAAGGCCUGAAGAGAUGGGACGUUCGCUUUUACCUCGCUGCGCUGCGGCAUGUCGGAAAUGGUCACCUCAACAUUGAUGUCUGCUUUCCUAAUGUGUUACCGUAUUUUCCCGUCCUUCUCUUGACCUACCAAGGCAUACAGGAGAUCCUUGAUACCAAACCUCGGGAAUAG